AUGUCCAUAACGAAAGGCAUUGGAGAAGAAAAUAAAUAUCGAAUCGAAUUAUUAGAAUGUGCAAAAUCAUUAAAUUUACAAAAUGACGAUGAUUAUACUAAAGAAUUAAUUAAUCAAAUUACUAAAGAAUUAAUCAAUCAAAUACCUAUUGAAAAUUAUCAAGAAGAUGAAAAUGAAUCUAUAAUUCAUAUAAAAAAAGAAGAAGAAAAUAUAAGAGGAUAUAAAGAUUAUAAUAAUUUGAUUAUUAAAAAAUUUUUAUUUGAAGAAUUUAAUGAUUUUGAUGAUUCAAAUGAUUUAUUGAAUAAAGAAUUAUCCGAAGUAAAAGAUAUUGAUACUGAUUUUAUUUUAUGUAAUAAUCUAGAAAAUUAUAUUACUCGUGAUUCAAUCGAAUUGGAGGAACCUUUGUUUCCAAAGAAAAUAAAAUUAGAUAAUCUUGAAGUUCCUACCGUUCCUACUAUUAAAUCGUUAACUCCUAACUAUAAUCCCACACAAAUUGUACCCGAACCUUUUUUAGAAAGUGAAAUACAAACUUAUACGAUAGAAGAUUUAUGUCCAUUAUAUCAUGAAGCAAUGGCCGAUGAAAUAGAUAUUGCUACAUCAUUAUUAAAAGAACAAGAAAUUGAACUUAAAAAUGAUACAAUUCUUAUUGAUGAUUUGAAAUUUAAAAGCAAAUACCUUGAAGAACCUAUUCUACCUAAUGUAAAAGAUAUCGUUCAACAAGAUAUACCAAAUUCAAUUUCGAAUGUUGAAUCUUUAUUUAAGCAAGAAGUUGAAUUAAUCUUAAAAAAUGAUGAAAAGUUUUCGGUUAUUGAAGAAUCUGGUGUCAAAUUACCAUUAGAAAUGAUGAAUGAAUGGGAAACUAUGGAUGAUGAUUUGAAAGAAACUUUGACUGAAAGUUCUAGAGAAAGCGAAAUGAUUCUCGACAUCCCUCAUGAAGGGUACGAAUUAGAGCCGGUAUUGAUACCUGCGAAAAAUGAUCCUUUAGAAAUGGAUCGAAGAAAGCGUCGGAAAAAAUCAGAAUCCGAGGAAGAUAUUAUUACGACCGAUUCAUUAUUAAGCGUCAUUAAUCAUGUUGUUCCGGAAAAUGUAAUGCCGAUAUCAUCUAAUCAAGACGAAGACGAAGAACUUCAAAAAGAUCUUGAUAGUAUAAUAAAGAUUGAUACGCCCUUUGAUCAAUGGCAGAUUAUAAUGACGCAACCUAUGGAUGAAAUAGGUGAAUUGAAAUUUACAGUACCUUCACUGCUACAUCCUGUAUCAUAUGCCAGUUCAGAUAUUCCGUCACGUCUCUCGGAUCUUGUGGUAUCAAAUUCAUCAAAAAGUGACUUUCAGAUAUUUUCUCCCUUUAGUGGAAUAAAAGCUUUGGAACUUUUAUUGCAUUGGAAUCCAAUCAAAAACGUUGCUAUAUUGGAAAUUGAUAAAAUUGUUGAUACUUCAGAAACUCCAUAUGAUAAUUUAGCAGAAAUAACUCAAGAAUACAUUUGUUUUGAUACGGAUAAUUUAUUAGGUUUAAUUGAAGUUACUAGUAAAAGUGACGAAAUUUAUUUAAGAUCAAAAAAAGAAGAGAAGAAGAAAAAAAGGUUAAAACAAUUAGAGGUGGCACAACGUGAUUACGUGCAUAAUAAUAAAGAGAGUGCAGCGAUUUCUACUGCAUCACGUCAUUCACGUGUUACAUCUGCAGCUGUGGCUCCUUCCAAUAUGUUCAAAAAUCGUUCGUCGUUGGCAAGUUAUGGUGAUUUUCACUCACAAAGUGGCUAA